AUGGGUAAGAGAUUCAGUGAAUCUGCCGCAAAGAAAGCAGAGGGGUUAGCAAGAAAGCGUGACCAAGCGUAUGCUAAAGAAAGAGCAGAAAGAGAGAGACGGGAAGCUGAAGAGGCGUCGAAAUGGGAAGAUGGUGCCAAGAAAACUAGCUCCAAGAAGCUGCUAGAAGAACAAAAAAAGGAAGAGAAGCUUCGUGCUAAGAAGGAACGUGAAGCCUUACUUGCUGAGGAAGAAGCAUCUCUAGGUAAGGGUGGUAAGGGUAAGAGACGUUAA